AUGGCCACUUUGGACUUCUCUCCUGAUAUCACUACGGAGGAAACGUACUCCCUUGCAGGUAAGCAACUCAAGCUUACAACUGAGGAAGAUAUCAAACCAUAUUUGGAAGAACUUGCCAAAGUGAAACCUCUUAAGAAGAUUGAUUUUUCUGGUAACACUAUUGGUAUUGAGGCUUCUAAAGCUUUGGCGGAGGUGAUUGAGGCACAUGGUGCUGAUAUUGAGGAAGUAAACUUCAGUGAUUUCUACACUGGUAGAUUGAACACUGAGAUCCCUCAAUCUUUAGAAUAUUUGUUGCCAGCGCUAUUGACUUUGCCAAAAUUAUCCAUCCUUAAUUUGAGUGAUAACGCCUUUGGUUUACAAACCAUUGAUCCAAUAGAAAAGUUUUUGCCAAAUGCGGUUGCCUUGGAGCAUUUGAUCUUGUCCAACAAUGGGAUGGGUCCAUUUGCUGGGGCAAGGAUCGGGAAAGCAUUAUUCAAGUUGGCCCACAACAAGCAAAAUAGAUAUAAAGAUGGCGAAGUCAGAUACUUGAAGACAUUCAUUUGUGGUAGAAAUAGAUUAGAAAAUGGCAGUGCUGACUAUUUGUCAUUGGGUUUGAAGGCCAACAAGAACUUGGAAACCAUAAAGUUGUACCAAAAUGGUAUUAGACCUGCCGGGAUUUCCAAAUUGGUCAACAAUGGGUUAACUGACUUGAAGCAUUUGAGAAUUAUCGAUUUGCAAGACAACACAAUCACCAAGAAAUCGUCUUCCCACUUAGCCAAGAACUUGAGCAGUUCCAACUGGACCAACCUUAAGGAAUUAAACUUAAAUGACGCCUUAUUGCAAAAGAAGGGUGGUUAUGAAAUUUUGAAAGCCUUGUCGGAUGGUAAACCCCACAAUAAUUUGAAAAAACUAAAGUUGCAAUUCAACGAAUUGGACGAAAAAUCUUUGGAAAUUUUGCCUGCCUUGAUUGAAAAGAACUUGCCAAAUUUGGAGCAUUUGGAAAUCAACGGUAAUAUUUUCGAUGAAGAAUCGGACGAACUUGUUGCUAUCCAGGAAAUUUUUGAUAAAAGAGGUUUUGGUGAAUUAGAUGAAUUGGAUGAAUUGGAAGAACCAGACUCUGAUGAAGAAGACGAAGAAGAAGAAGAGGAAGAAGAGGAAGAAGAGGAAGAAGAAAGUGAAUUUGAUUCUGAAGUUGCUGCUGCUGAACUUCUCGAAGAGCUCAAGAAAACAGGUGAAGAAGAAGAAUUGAUUUCCAAACUUGAGAAGACACACAUUGCUUAA